AUGCCCCCGCGUCGCCCGUACGACAUGUGCAUGGUGUUCAGGUACAAGACUUCCAAGGCCGUGAGGUUCGAGGAGACGGACGCCGCCGACAUCGCGAGCCUUCGGCUCCACAAGGCGUCGAAGGAGGACGAGGCAGUGAUGCAGCUGUGGAAGAGCCGGAGGGAGGCGCUGCUGAAAAGCUUGGAGUCGUGCGGGCUCAACUUGUACUGCUUCUACAGCCGCGACCACGACGAGGUCAUCGUCAAGAUAGGCGCGAGCGCCGCGAAGCUCAAGGACGCCGCCGCGAGGUGCCGGUACAAGCUGCAGCUGACGCCGCAGUACCUCGGCGCCUAUGCGGAGUUCCGCCACGACAAGCAGGGCAGCGCCAAGGCCAACCACCAGGACCAGCGGAUCGUCUCGCACUUGUACCAGAGGCACACCGAGGACGACCUUCCCGACUCGGACGCCAUCUUCAGGACGAGCGACAAGAUCAACCUCAUCCACCACAUCAUCACGUCCAACGACAAGGACUGCUGUGGCAUCCCCGUGGGCCAGCUGCUCUCCAGCCAGGACCACGACCUGCUCGCCUACUUCCCCCUGCACGACGCCCCGGUGCUCCACGACCUCCAGGACAGGCUCGCGGACUGGUUCCUGAUGGGCGAGGCCGCCCCGUGG